CGACGUUCACACUAUUUCGCGCCAAAUGGCAAAUAAGUAUAAUUUGUGCAAAAAAAGAAAUUUGGAUUUAAGCGAGGAAUCAACAAGCGGAAGCCAUGCGAAGCGUCAGUGCACCGAAAACCUCUUUUGGCCGGAGGGCGAAGACGACGACAGCUUCUUUUCCAAUGCGCAUCUGGAGGAUUUGCUGGGCGGAGGAAAGGACGAGCUCUUUGGAACGCAAGCAAACACAAGUACCAAAAAGAUGACGCAAAGUGGGUCGGAUGAUGAACUGGGACUCUUUGCGGACACAUCCUUUCAAAGUGCACAGACUGUUCCACCCAACAGUGCCUCUAAACCGGAUGAAACCAGUGCACCAACUGAUAACCAUCAAAUCGACCUAGUGGACGGGGAAAACGCCGACGAGCUGUUUAAGAAAAUCAACCUGUACGAUCUGAGUAUUGCCGAAAUGGAGGAUAUAUUCCAUGGCGCCGAUGAUUUCAGUGAGCCCAUGGUUCAAAACACACAACUCUUCUUGGACGCAAUGACCUUUAAGAAGCCCAAGACACCAGAGAAGCUACUGGCCGCCCCUAAGGACGACUCCAUGUCUUUCAUUUCAAAGUCUGUGAAAGAGGGCCUGCAGGGCACGCAGUAUGUAACCUGCGAGGAGCUGAAGAACCAAUCCCUCCUAGAUCCAGUCAAUUGGGAGACGCAGGCUUUUGCGGACUUCGAGAAGAAUAACCAAGUUAUAGACAAGUUUCCCAGCAAGGGCGAAUUCUAUGGCCUGCCGGAUAAGGUCAAAAAGAUGAUUCUGGAACACAAAGGCAUCAAAAGUCUUUAUGAAUGGCAGAACGAGUGCCUGAAUCUACCUGCAAUCAGGCAGCGCAAAAAUCUGAUCUACGCUCUGCCCACAAGUGGUGGAAAAACCCUAGUGGCCGAAAUCCUUAUGCUGCGUGAAUUACUUUGCCGCGAACGCAAUGUGCUGUUCAUCCUGCCAUAUGUGUCGAUUGUCCAGGAGAAGGUUAGCGCCAUGUCUCCAUUUGCAAUCGACCUGGACUUCAUUGUGGAGGAGUACACGGCCGGCAAGGGCAAGUGUCCGCCUCAACCGCGUCGCAAAAGACGUAGUCUCUUCAUUGCCUCCAUCGAAAAGGGAGCUGUUCUAAUGGACAGCCUGAUAGACGUACAACGUCCUCAUGAGAUAGGUCUGGUGGUGGUGGAUGAACUGCAUUUAAUAGGCGAAAAGGGGAGAGGGGCCACCUUGGAAGCUUUCCUUACCAAAGUGAUGUUUCUAAAUGCCAAUAUUCAAAUUGUUGGCAUGAGUGCCACAAUAGGAAACCUCAGCGAAAUAUCCUCUUUUUUGAAUGCUGAUGUAUACACAAGGGGCUUUCGCCCUGUUGAGCUAAAGGAGUACAUUAAAUGUGGCCCCGAUUUGUUGGAAAUUAAUUCGGCUGGUCAAACGCUGGAGGAGAUAUUCGUUCCCAGUCGCAGUGUUGAGUACAAUUACAGUGAAGCCGUCAAACGCGCCGAUCCCGACCAUUUGGCUGGUUUGAUAAGCGAAUGUGCUCCGGAACACUGCUGCCUGGUUUUCUGUCCUAGUCGCAAGAACUGUGAGAACGUGGCGCUACUUCUCAGUCGCAUUGUGCCAAAGCAUAAAUUUUUCGAGCAUCGCCGUAGCGAGAAGCUGGAUCUAAUGGAUGCUCUUGACAAGAUGUGCGGCAUUCUCAGCCCGGUGUUGGCGAAAACCCUACCCUACGGGAUUGCCUAUCAUCAUUCGGGCUUGACAACCGAUGAGAGGAAGUACAUUGAGACUGCCUAUAGAUUUGGAGUCGUCACAGUUAUUUGCUGCACCUCCACUUUGGCUGCAGGGGUCAACCUACCAGCCAAGCGGGUAAUCAUACGUGCUCCUUAUGUGGGCCAGGAAUUUCUGACUUUAUGCAAGUAUAAGCAAAUGGUGGGACGAGCAGGUCGCGCCGGAUUGGGUGAAGCUGGCGAGAGUAUCCUGAUAGCGCAGAGCAAAGACAAUCUGCUGGUCGGACAAAUGCUUUUUUCGCCCAUGGAUAAGGCUUUAAGUUCCUUGGAUCAAAAUGAGGCAGUUGGACUGCAAUCGCUAAUUCUAAGCGUGGUUGGCUUGAAUUUAGCAGAAUGUCGUCGAGACUUGAAUCGGCUGGUUAACAGCACGCUGUUGUCUGUGCAGGCCAAAUCCCUGGAGGUGGCCGUGGACGAGAUCGUGCUCCGUAUUCUCCGAGAGAUGUUCAAAAAUAAAGUGCUGCAGCUUGCCGAACCGCAAGCCAAAUCUAAGAUCAAUUCUUCGGAUAUUAUAACAUCGCAGGAUGCUAGUCAGGCCAAUAGGCCCGCUGGAGAUCGACGUUUGCUCAUUGGACAGUCGACGACAUUUAAGCUGACCAAUAUUGGAAGAGCGGCCUUCAAGGCAGGCAUUGACUACAAGCGUGCAAAUGCCAUUCACAAGGAGCUAAAGCAGGCCCAGCAGCAGCUCAUUCUGACCAACUACUUGCACCUACUGUACCUUGUCGUGUGCUUUAACUCGAACGAAAGAGGAGACGAGUUGUUUCCGGCAGAUGCCAGCAUUUUGUUUGGAGUUUACACCUCGCUGCCACUGGACUCGCAGGCAAUGUUCAAACAACUUGGAUUUACAGAGGCCCAUGCAGCUAGGCUUUUUAAGACGCAGUCGGUACAGGGUCCAUUGUCCCUGCAGCUGAAUCGAAUGUACAAGGUGCUUAUUCUGGCGGAUAUACUGAAUCUCUUGCCGAUUCCCUCUGUGGCCAGCAAGUACAACGUGGAGCGGGGAACUCUGCAGCAUCUGAUCAGCCAAUCCACAGCAGCCGCGAGUGCCAUUGUGCGCCUGUGCGAGGAGCUGGAAGAGUUCUGGUGCUAUAAACCAUUGUUUGAGCGGAUCCUGCACAAAAUGGAUCGAUGCGGCACAUUCGAGCUGGAGCCGCUAAUGGAACUGCCAGCGGUUAAGAUUAAUCGUGCCAGACAGCUGUAUGCUGCGGGUUUUCAAACUAUUGGGGAUAUAGCCAGAGUGCGGCCGUCGCAGUUAGUCCAAUCAUUAGAGCACAUGCCUCUUAGAGUGGCCACGGAAAUCGUCUCGGCAGCAAAGAUCAUUUUAAUGAAAAAGCUCGACCAUCUGGAAGAGGAAACCGAGAACCUGAAGGACUGUUUAAAAUCGUCUGAUAAAAAUUAGCAGGACAAAACAAGUAAAAACAGCAGCUUAAGUGGGUUUUAAUUUAUUUCAGUUUUUGUUUUGAUUGUUAUGCACUCCGACUUAAGUCUUGCAUCUGGGUUCUCUACAACGAACACGAUCUCCGACGAAGCUUAAAUAUUAUACACAAUUUGUAUGCAAAUUGCAGUUUUAAAUUAAAACAUUAGGUAUUUUUCAUUCUAUAUGUAAAUAAAGGACAUCAAUGCA